AUUAUCUCCCACCGAGUUGAACUGUUAUUCAAAUCUAAGGCGUAUUUAGAACGUUUGAAGCGGCAGUUAGAAAAUAACACCUAUGAAUGUAUGAUUUGCUGCCAAAUUAUUCAGGCUAAUCAGUGGAUCUGGACCUGCACGAAGUGUUAUCAUAUGUUUCACAUAAAUCGGUCUAAUUCUUCUGGUUGCAUUACUCAAUGGGCAGUUAAAAGUCGAGAUACUGAUGGAGAGUGGCGUUGUCCAAGUUGCCAAAACAUCUCUUUGGAAAUACCGAAAGAGUACAAAUGUUUUUGUGGAAAAAGGAAUAAUCCACCUACAAGAAGGUUUCCUGAAACACCGCAUUCUUGUGGUGGUACCUGUGGACGAAGCAGAGGGCAUGGGUGUCCGCACCCAUGUACUGAAGAAUGUCACCCCGGUCCAUGUUGUCCAUGUCCAGCUACGGUUACGUGUUCGUGUGACUGUGGGACAGAAAUUAGAACUCUGCGUUGUGGAACUCCCAAACAGUUCAAAUGCGACAAAGUAUGUGGGAAACUUCUGAACUGCCGGUCUCAUAAAUGUGAAAUUGUAUGUCAUGCAGGCCCUUGCAUGGACUGUAAAGAGAAGGUUCGACAGAUCUGUUUUUGCGGCUUAGCGAGCCGUGAAGUACCAUGCAGUGCUGAGGAUUCUUCAUCUGUUCAUUACAGUUGCGGUGCUCCUUGUGAUGGAAAAUACAAUUGUGGUGUUCAUAAAUGCACGUCCAGGUGUCAUGAAAAAAAGAAAGAUGGAACGUGUGGUCCUUGUCCAUUAUCACCAGAUUUAAAGCACUACUGUCCUUGUGGCUGUAGCAGAAUACCAGAAGGAAUAAGAAGAGCUUGUUCAGAUCCAGUUCCCACUUGCGGGAACACAUGUAACAAAGUUCUUCCUUGCGGUCCAAAAGAUAAACCGCAUCGUUGUAAACAGCUCUGUCAUGAAGGGCCUUGUGCACCUUGCCUGGACAACACUGUUGUUACUUGUCGUUGCAAAGCAUUGAAAAAAACGCUGCCGUGUUGCUACUUCCUUAUCUUCAUCUCUCAAAGUUUUUUAGAAUCGAAUCCUUUGUUGUGUGAAAAACGGUGUAAAAAGUUGAAGAGUUGCCAGAACCAUCGAUGCCAAGCUGUCUGUUGUGUAGAAACAGAGCACGUUUGUUUACAGGAAAAUUUAUUUACUGUAUGCAACAAAAAGCUUGACUGUGGAAACCAUUUCUGCGAUCGGCUUUGUCACAUUGGACAGUGUCCGAAGUGCCUCCAAGCUAGUCUGUUUUUUGUCUUUUACCAUUCUUUUUUGCUCUGCAUGAAAUACUGUUUGUGCGGUAAAACUGUUCGAGAACCUCCCAUUCCUUGUGGGACUCCAUUACCGACGUGUGAUGCUCCUUGUUCGAGAACUCAUUCUUGUUCUCACCCUCCACUACACACUUGUCACGCAGAGCCAGAGUGUCCGCCAUGCACGGUACUUACUGCUAAAGAAUGUUAUGGACGGCAUGAGAUGCGCGCAAACAUUCCAUGUUAUCUAAAUGAGGUUUCUUGUGGCAAGCCGUGCAAUGCACCGUUACCCUGUGGAGUUCACUUCUGUAAGCGUACAUGCCAUCCUCCUCCUUGCGUCCCUGCAGAGGACUAUGUAUGUAAACAACCUUGCCCAAUAAAGCGUACUGAUGGAGACUGUGAGCAUCCAUGUGGUUUGCCGUGUCAUGGCAGCUCGGUUUGUCCGAAAAGCGAGUGUUUGACGAAGGUGACGGUUACAUGCAAUUGUAUGCUCAGGAAAGCAGAAAUGAAAAUGGCAAUGAAAAUGGAUGAUUUAGCGGAAGAGAAGUCAUUCUUGGGUGGACGUCAAAUUCUGAAAUGCUCUGACAGCAGUGACAACUUGCAUUGCGAUGCCGAGUGUCGCCGUAUUGGUCGUAACAAAGCAGUAGCAGAAGCCUUGAAUAUAAAAACUGAUCAUGGUGUUUCUGGAGUUGCAUCAUCUAUGUAUACUGACUUUUUGAAAUCAUAUCUUAAAGCAAAUUUCAAACACGUUCAGGCUGUUGAAGACAUCCUGAUAGGAUUGGUACAUGAACUUGAAAACACGUGUGAAACUCAUUCAUUUCCACCAAUGAAUUCGGAGUUGCGACGUGUUAUACACGAGUACGCAUCAUAUUUUAAAAUAGAAACAAGAAGCUAUGAUUCAGAACCAAUGAGAAACGUUGUUGCCACGGCGAAAAGGUCAGGGUAA